AUGACUUCACAUCGUAUGCUGUCAUGGUUUCAACUCUCCAAGCUCACUCCGGAUCAAAUCAAGGCGCACCGUUUCGUCUGUGGACUCCAAUCGCCACGGGAUGCGGACACCCGAGCAAGAUUGUUCUCAAACCUGGAAGCCGACGAAACCGCAGUCAACGAACAAGAAGAAGCGGCCAGCAAGGUCACCCUGGAGAACCUCGUUGAAGAAUGCCAUCCAUCACGUGGCCAACCUCAAACAGGACAGGCUGAUGGUGGAGAACAAAGAAGCACGGAACGUCAACAUUGUCUCCCACAAACCGAAGAAUCCUGUGAAAAAAUCGGAAGUGUCCAAAACGCCCAGCACUACGUACGCGAGUGUCUAUUCGCUUCGCACACGUGUUACAGAUGCAAGCAGCAAGGACACAAGGAGGGGUACUAUUCAAGCAACAAGCCUACACCCUCGAAGCCAUUCAACCUGACGAAACCCAGAGAGAACGUGAAGACGAGGGGUAUCGGAAGCAAGCGGAAGUUCAUCCCAGCCGAACUCAACGGUACAACAGUCAAGCAUCAGCACGACUCGGCGUCCGACAUCACCAUUAUCUCUGAAGAUACUUGGAUCAACUUUGGAUAG